AUGCCGAACCUCGGUGCCAUGCCCAUCGAGAUAUCGAGUCUCAUAAACUCUCAGCUCAGUCAGAAAGAUAUAAAACAGCUGCGCCUCGUAUCCAGACAGGUGAAUGACAGAGCAAAGUUGCGAAUUACACGCGUCUUCAUCUCACGUCAUAGUGCCAUUCUCAACAACACCUCGGAGACUAUUCACGACAAUGAUUUUUCCAAGCAGAUCGAAGAGAUUGUCUGGGACAACACGCAGCAUCAAUACCCCAACAACAUGGAUGAAUUCACGGGGUUGGCAGGUCGACGGCUAAAUUCAGGAAACAAACAACUCAUGCUCAGUUACCUGCGCGAAGCUCGAAAACUAGCCAAGUCGCAGAGGGAGAUCCUAAAGAACGGUUUAGAUCUCGAAAUCCUUCAGCAAGCACUCAAGCUACCCAAUCUGAAGCGGAUCACUAUCACGAGCCACAUUUGGGCAAGCAUCGCGGCGGGUGCACCAUCUUAUGAUCUCCCGCUGUUCCGAAGACUAUACGACGAAUUUCUAAUUGAUCGACGCCCCUAUGUCAUCUACGAUCGAUUACUUUACGAACUGCACCGCGCCCAAGUAAAGUUGCAGGAGUUUGUGGUUGAAGUUACGCGAGAACGUGCAUACAUCCACGGACACCUUUUCUGGUAUUUAUGUCCUGCGACACAUGCCAUCAAAACGAUUUGUAUGAACUCGAACAACCUCACACGACUUGACCUCGCCCUAAACACCGCUGUAAACUGGGGCCAUGACGUGUCAUGUUUUGACUGUGGCCAAUUGAAAGACCUGCUGUCCAAGUUGCCGUCCCUCGAACACCUCGGCCUCCAUGCAAACAUGUACACGGAUUUCGGUAGGAUGGACACUAACCCAGUCUCUCGACCUUUGUGGAAUUCCAUUGAAAGUAUCUUCCCCAGCCCGGACGACAUCAACUUCCCAGAGCUACGCCAUCUGAAGCUCGCCAAUCUAUUCGUGAAAACAUCCAGUCUUCUUGUUCUCCUUACGAGACUGCCUUCGCUUGAAACCGUCGACCUCGACCGACUCGAACUAUGCAGAAACACAGGCCGCUUCCACGACCUUCUCCACGGUCUCAAACGUCGACUUGUCGAUCACGAAGACGGAAUAUGGAAGGAGCCAAGAACUCGAGUCACAAUUCAAAGUGGCUGGCGCUGUCAUGGAAUCGUAGAAGAUGAUAUCACGGCUUUUUUCUACGAGGGUGCGGAAUGUCCGUAUGAUCCAGGUUUUUACGGUCCAAAGAGCUUUUGGCGUAUUGACAACGAUUACUUGCCUGGCGAGAGAGUCAAAUGCAUAAGAGACGAAGACGAUUGA